ACCGGAAGCUCGUUGUCCGUGCGUGCACCUUGACGUACUGACGCCUCUCCGGUCCUGUCAAACUUCUCCGGCUCCUGGUUCUCACGUCGGUCUGUUUGCUGCCGUGUCUCUCAACGAUGGAGAGGAAAGUCGCCCGGGAGUUUAGGCACAAGGUGGAGCUGCUGAUUGAAAAUGAAGCAGAGAAGGAUUACCUGUACGAUGUCCUCCGCAUGUAUCACCAGUCGAUGGAUCUACGGGUGCUCGUUGGGGAUUUGAAGCUGGUCAUCAACGAACCGAAGCGCCUGCCGCUGUUUGACGCCAUCCGACCUCUCAUCCCGCUCAAACACCAGGUGGAGUACGACCUGCUCACCCCGAAGAGGUCACGGAAGCUGAAAGAGGUGCGUUUGGAUCGGACACACAGAGAUGGAUUGGGUCUGAGCGUCCGGGGCGGGCUGGAGUUUGGCUGUGGUCUCUACAUAUCACAGAUUGUCAAAGACAGUCAGGCUGAAAAUGUUGAUCUCCAGGUUGGGGAUGAGAUUGUGCGCAUCAACGGAUACUCCAUCUCCUCCUGCAUCCACGAGGAGGUCAUCAGUCUCAUCAAGACCAAGAAGAUUGUGUCACUUAAAGUCCGGCACGUGGGGAUGAUCCCAGUGAAAAGCUCAUCAGAUGAACCUCUCAAGUGGCAGUUUGUCGACCAGUUUGUGUCCGAGUCAGGGGAGAAGAAAAGCAGCGUCGCAGGCUUGGCGUCCACUGGAGGUAAAGAAAUCAAGGAGAAGAAGGUUUUCCUCAGUCUGGUGGGCUCCAAGGGGAUGGGCAUCAGCAUCUCCAGUGGGCCGACACAGAAACCCGGCAUCUACAUCAGUAACGUCAAGCCAGGUUCUCUUUCUGCGGAAGUCGGACUCGAGAUUGGCGACCAGAUCGUAGAGGUGAACGGGGUGGAUUUCACCAACAUGCACCACAAAGAGGCUGUGAAAGUCCUGAAGAGCAGCAGGAGUCUGACUAUUACUGUCCUGACAGGAGCUGGCAGCGAUCUGUUCAUGACAGAUGAGGAGCGGCUGGCAGUGGAGGCCCGCAGAGAGCUGGACAGGCAGGAGCUGAUGCAUCAGAAGAGGGUGGCACUGGAGACCAACAAAAUCCUUAAAGAGCAGCAGGAGAAGGAGAGGCAGAGACAGAUGGAGAUCUCUCAGAAAGCUGCAGAGGAAGAGGAGCGCUACAAGAAGGAGAUGGAGAAGAUUGAGGCUGCGGAGAUGAAGCACAACAGAGAGUGGGAGGAGGACUGGGGAGCCAAAGACCGGCCCAAGAGUCCAAAGAGCCCGUCGCCAGCCCCGCCUGAGAAGAAGACCAGCCCGUCUCCAAAGGCCAAGAGUUCUCACGAUGAAGCCCAAUCCUUCAGAGAGGAAGACGAGGAGGAAGAGCAGGAUGAGCGAGGAUUUCAGAAAUACGAGGAAGAGUUUGAUCCCUACUCCAUGUUCUCUGCAGACCAGAUAGACGGGCGAGAUGUGAGACUGCUGAGAAUUAAAAAGGCUGGACAGCUCGACAUUGCUCUGGAGGGCGGUGCGGACUCUCCGUUGGGAAAGUUGGUGGUGUCUUCAGUGUAUGAAGGUGGAGCUGCAGAUAAGCACGGUGGCAUCGUAUCCGGGGAUGAACUCAUGGCUGUGAAUGGGAAAAUCCUGAUCGAUGCCUCAUUGGAUGAGGGACAGAACUCUCUGGCUCGAGCCUGGAACAGCGGCGGGGACUGGAUCGAUGUCGUGAUUGCCGUUUCCCCUCCGAAAGAGUAUGAAGAUGAAGUGACGUUCUUCUAGUCUCAUCAACAGCCUGCCAAGAAAAGACCGAUUUUAAGAAGAUUUUCAUUCUUGAUGAUUCCUUCAGGAUUCUUCUCAACCACAAUUACAUAAUACUCCUGUGUCUUCUUCAUCGUCACAUUCAUCUUUAGACAAACAAGCUGAAAACGAUCUUUUGUUUUUAGGUAACAUUUCUAUAAGCUCUCUGAGAAUCAAACUGUGUCGAAAUGUCAGAGGAUGAUCGAAUCAAUACUCAGUUGUCUGCAGUAAAAGUGUGUGUCAUCUGUCAGAGUAACAACAAGGAAACUGUAAUUGAAAGCAGCCGUCCAAUCUGCCUUUUCUAAGCCCAAUAAAGGACUGCUCAUGUUGUGCACAUCGAU